UUCCACGUCUUCCGGUCACGUGACGAUAACAGUCGCCAGAAGAGCACUUUUCCCGCGCUGCAGCCUGGUCGUCAGGGAGACGAAGUGGAAUAAAGUCGCUUCUUCCUUUGAUCUUUCCUUUGAUCCUCGUGUGAAACUUCACGAUGUUCUGUGAGAAAUCCACGGAGCUCAUCAGAGAACUCCACCGGAUCCACGACGGCCAGUUACCGGCGUUUAACGAGGAUGGGCUGCGGCAGGUUCUACAGGAGAUGGAGUGUCUGUACGAACAGAACCAGAGCGACGUGAACGAGGCAAAAUCUGAAGGUCGAGCUGAACUGAUUCCGUCAAUCAAACUGCGUCACUGCUGCCUCCUGAGGAACCAGCGCUGUGUCACUGCCUACCUGUACGACCGCCUGCUGAGGAUCCGAGCGCUGCGCUGGGAGUACGGCAGCGUUCUGCCCGCCAACGUUCGAUUCCACAUGUGCGCAGAGGAGCUGCAGUGGUUCAGUAACUAUAAAAAGUCUUUGGCGUCGUUUAUGCGUUCUCUGGGCGGAGGAGAAGGUCUCGACAUCACGCAGGACAUGAAGCCUCCGAAGAGUCUUUACAUCGAGGUGAGGUGUUUAAAGGACCACGGAGAGUUUGAAAUCGAUGACGGGACAGUGAUUCUGCUGAAGAAGAACAGUCAGCACUUCCUGCCGCGGUGGAAAUGUGAGCAGCUGAUUCGUCAGGGCGUCCUGGAGCACGUUGUGUCCUAAAGGAGGCGGAGCUAAGUAGCUGAGAGGUGGAACAUCUGCUCUUCAUCACCAGAGUUCAGCAUCAGACGAUGUAAUGUUUGUUUUCAGAAAAAUAAAAUCAGUUUCUAAACGUC